CUACCUGAUGAUUGAAGGUGGUCGGAACGGUUGCUUCACAGGGAUGUUGCUGAAAAAGUCACGAGUCAAACUUGUGGAGAGCGAGAUGGUACCUUAUCCCACCACUAAGAUGAGGAGGAACCUGCUGGUCGCUCAGGUGAUCGUCAACGGUCAGAAGCUGUGCCUGAUGACAUCCCACUUUGAGAGCUGUAGGGAAAAUACUGCAGAGCGUCUGAAACAGCUGCAUGUGGUGAAGCGGAGGUUGAAACAUGCACCUGAUGAUGUCACCGUUGUGUUUGGGGGAGACACAAACCUGAGGGAUGCGGAGGUGACCAAGGUGGGCCUGCCUGCAACUGUCUGUGAUGUGUGGGAGCGACUGGGCAAGCAGGAGCACUGCCGCUACACGUGGGACACCUCUGCCAACAACAACAAAACGUUUCCCUUUGUCGCUCGCUGCCGCUUUGACAGAAUCUACCUCCGCCCGGCCAUCAGACGUGGAAUCCCACGUCUGGCCCCUGAUCACAUGGCCUUGGUGGGGCUGGAGAAGCUGGACUGUGGACGCUACACUAGUGAUCACUGGGGAAUCUACUGCACCUUCACAGCUGAAUAAAACUACACAAAACAACCAAAACCAUGACAGUUAAGCAUUUUAUUUUAGAUCAGCCUCUCUUUAAAUUACUGUAAUGCUAUGCAGGAAGAUGUUCUUAUUGCCUGUAAAUGAUUCACCUUAAUUUAAUCAGUUUUAUCCUCUAAUGUGUGUCUGCUUAAGUGUUUUAUGUGGUUAAAAUGACAAAUUAAAAUAUGAAAA